AUGAACCUCAGCACUGCAAACCACCAAAUAUCCCUAAAUGAUGGGACCAGCAUUCCAGUCAUUGGGCUUGGAACCUAUUCUGAUCCUAGACCGGUCCCUGGGCAAACCUAUGUGGCAGUGAAGACGGCUAUAGACGAGGGAUACCGGCACAUUGAUGGGGCCUAUGUCUAUCAUAAUGAGCAUGAAGUUGGUGAGGCCAUCAGAGAAAAGAUAGCAGAAGGGAAGGUAAAGAGGGAAGAGAUCUUCUACUGCGGAAAGUUAUGGAGUACAGAGCAUGUCCCAGAGAUGGUCCGCCCAGCCCUGGAAAGGACACUAAAGGCCCUCAAGCUAGAUUACAUAGACCUUUAUAUCAUUGAAAUGCCCAUGGGUUUUAAGCCUGGAAAGGAAAUUUAUCCUAAAGAUGAAAAUGGCCGAAUAAUAUACCACAAAUCAAAUCUGUGUGCCACGUGGGAGGCACUGGAAGCUUGCAAAGAUGCUGGCUUGGUGAAAUCCCUCGGGGUGUCUAAUUUUAACCGCAGACAGCUGGAGCUCAUCUUGAACAAGCCAGGACUCAAGUACAAGCCAGUCACCAACCAGGUGGAGUGCCACCCGUAUUUCACCCAGACAAAACUCUUGAAAUUCUGCCAGCAGCAUGACAUCGUCAUUGUUGCUUAUAGCCCCUUAGGGACCUGCCGCAACCCAUUAUGGGUGAACGUAUCCUCUCCACCCCUGUUGAAGGACGAACUCCUAACCUCACUGGGGAAAAAGUACAAUAAGACCCAAGCCCAAAUCGCAUUGCGUUUCAGCAUCCAGCGAAGGAUGGUUGUCAUCCCUAAAAGCUUUACCCCCGAAAGGAUCAAAGAAAACUUUCAGAUCUUUGACUUUUCUCUCACGGAAGAAGAAAUGAAGGACAUUGAAGCCUUGAAUAAGAACAUCCGCUUUGUGGAGUUGCUCAUGUGGAAUGACCAUCCUGAAUACCCAUUUCAUGACGAAUACUGA